GUUAACCGACCAUUGACGAUGAAAAAGGAAGGCAUUCAGACGCGAAAUCGAAAGCUGUCGUCCAAAUCGAAAAAGAAGAAAGGAAUUCCGGGCUCGUGUCUUCCACUCGGCGGCCAUCUUGGAGACCUGAUGAAGCCACUGGACCAUAAACCCUCCUUCCCGGGAGGUUUCCCCGGUUCGAUGGGACAACACGGCCAUUUAUCUGGAGGACUGCAUCCAGCGCACACGCACAUGCACGGAGGCUGGUACACGACCGGUAUGGGAGCGCUCGGAACAUCCGGUGGACUGCAGAACGGCUUCGGUGGUGCGGGCUCGUUAGGUGGAGGAGUCGUCCCCCAUUCACAGUCGUACCAUCUAGGACUUAAUUCAAUGAGCUGGCGUUCGGAGUACACGUGAUGGAGCACCGGGAACUUCAAUACCAAUCUGUUUGAGUUUAGCACCUCGCCGAAACUUCAGCAGCAACACCAGCAACAACAGCACCAGACAUCCCUCCAGCACCAACAGCAGCAGCAGCAGCAGCAGCAGCAACAGCAGCAACAGCAACAACAGCAGCUACUACUGCACCAAACCCAGCAUUCCACCCAUCAGCUGCAACAGUCGCCAUCGUCCAGCUCGUCCCUGUCGUCGAUAGCGAAUGCUGCCUCCUCGCUGCUGGAACAGCACCAUCUCGGGUCGCUGCAUCAGCUGCACGACCAUCACCACGAAUCGGCAGCCAGCCAGCUGCAUCUUCAUCCACAUCAACUGCAUUUAGCGACCGCAAGUCAAGUACAAAUCUAACUUCCCCAACAACAACAACAACAACAACAGCAACAAAAACUCUCUUUCACCCCAAACCAUUUCGUUCGAUGUUCCGUUAAGAAGCUGCGUCGCAGAUGCGUCUCUAGUCACACAGAAAAUUCGUACAACUUUUUUCUAUUUCUUCACAACCCACGAUUAUCACUACUACACAUACAGAAAGAAAAAAAAAUCAGUUCAAAGAGCCCCGUUAGUGUAGCCUCCAACCAGCUCCUGGACCAAGGAGUGCGCAACAUCAUCUUCAUGAAAAGGGAAUUUAUUGGAGAGAGCGCGCGAAGGGACGAUCGUCGUUUGGACGAUCCAGCACCGGUAUCAGUAUUAUAAAAUGAUUUUCAUAGAGCAAUCCAGUAGUCAGUGAAAUGCAUGGCAGGCUAAACGAAAACACACGGCGUGCAAAAGGUAAGUCGAGAAGUCGGCCAAGUCGAGAUACGAGAAGCGGCAAGGGUAUCCAAGCGUAUGAUGAGCGCAAGUUUAAAACGAAUUUAAUUCAACCCGCCUCGGCCGGCGCUGGAACACGCUGGUGAGAAGCAAAUGCAGUGCUGCAGUUGACUUGGGGGGCUUGGUGGUAGUUCAUGUUGUUUUGUUUUUGUAAAUAAGAUUGAAAAUCUGAUAAAUUACCAAUGUUCAUCACCGGGGUGCAACACCAGAUAAAGCAACACCACACUCUUGCGGUGGAGUUUUGUACAACAACACAGCCUGGGGGUGAAAACGUACCGCGCCGAUAGAAACUAGAAACUUGCGCCCCCAAACGGACAGGCGUGACGGAAGAAAUUUAUCUUGAAGGCACAGCAACAACAACACAGGUGAUGUACGUUACAAUUGAUUAGCGGUAAGCAGAAUAGUGAAUUCCAAAACUGUUAGAAAGCCAAGCGAAUCUUAGCGCAGAGGACGCUGAGUAUGACGCUGCGAGAUACGAUCGUCAGGUGGCUAAAACUUGGUUCAAGAGAUCGUAAAAUUGGUUUCGAUUUGGACAGACAAAUGCCCACCAUAGAGACAUGCGAAGGCGGGAGUGUGCUGGUGGAGAAAAGUGCAAUUUUCUUAGUUUGAAUUUACGUGGAAGCAAUCAGCCAGGACGAGUUUGAAUCCGUUUUUUAUUGGAUGAUUAUUUUUUAAAAAGCCAGCAUCGAAAAGCUGGCCAUUGACCACGGGAAAUAGUUUGUUUCCUUUUCAGUUGCUGACCUCGUUUAAGGAGUAGUGUAAUUUAUUUAUCUAACCGCCCCUGAACUUUAUUUAGUAGUACACUUGUUUCAGCAAUGUGAGUUAUUGCACUAAACUGCAAUCCCAAAUUUUGCUCCCACUUUUCUUAGGGAACAGUUUUGCCCCGCGCAAGCAAGCCCGUUAGCAUCUCGUUGAUUGUGGAUGGAAAAACCAAAUUUUCAUACAAUUAGCACAAAGAAAAUUGUGGGGGAGCGUAAAUUGUGAGUGGGGGACGAAAAAACAUAAAAAACAGCAGCAAAAAAACAGAACGAACUUUACGGAAGCAGAUGCCAUAUAAAUAAGUAGACUGUAAAAUAGUUCAGCAAAAGGCAAAAAACAUAAGCAAAACUUUGCGUAAGCGUGUAGGCGUCUUGAUGUUGUGCAGCGAAAAGGGGGUGAAAACAUUGAAGCAAUGCUGUUGUACAGACACCUUAUUACAAUAUGAAUUCGAUGUAGAGCAAGAAGCAGACAAAAAGAAGCGAAACGCAUCUUCAGUAAAAAGGAAGAGAAAAUGAUGUGUUUGUUACACAUAUGCAAAUGCAGGUGAAAAAUGGGGAAAACAAACAAGCAAAAACAUUAAAAGAAAUCAGUCAAAGCGAGAAAGUGAUCGCAAAAGUCACAAAAAAGGGAAGAACUAAAAUCACACAAAGAGAAAGGCGUUUGCAUGUAAAGCAAGCUUGUCACGGCAAAAAACAGCUGACAAGCUAGCAAACAAACAAACGAACAACAACAAAAAACAUUUUUAGCGCAAAUUAUUGUACAUAGUAAAAUAAGAUAAGACAAACGAUACGCGUGAAAAACAGCGGGCGACAGGAGCGAUUAUAAUGAGCACACACAAUACAAAACCAACAAAACAACAGGAAUUAGCGCACCGGAACACACGUGAGAAGUUAACAUGUGUGUGUGUAUGAGUGUGUGGCAAAACAGAAAACACUCAGAUGCUCAACAUUAGCAGUCCAGACAGGUUAAAAAAAACAAACGUUGGUUGAUAAACGCACAUAGGUAACGUUCAUUACACGAUUCGUCUCUUUUUUGUGGAUGUGUUGACUUAUACUAUACAAUAGUAUUACUGUGUACUUUCUUUGUGGUAAGCGGGCAGGAGCACCGAUGGCGAAGAAAAGAAAGAAGAAGAAAUCAUUUUCCUAUCCAUCCUUCCCCCCCCCCCCCACAUUUUCCCAACCCCCCGUUCCCGAUCACGUCCUGUAAGCUCUUCGACCUCGUACAAGCAAGCAAAAAACACACGGUCUCUAUAAAUAUGCAUAUAGGCGUAUAUACAUAAUACAUACAUAUAAAUAUAAAUGUGUAAAUUAUAUAGAAUGUGAAUGUGUGCGAGUGCGUAAAACAAAACAAAACAGAACAAAAGAGAAGCUGGCACCGAACACUAUAGCUCUAAGAUCGAUCGACCGAACCGCAGUAGAGUGCGUGUGCGUGUGUGCCGAAAACAGUAGAUAAAGAUGACCGUUUGUUGGCUGGCAAAACGCGCCCGCACACACACACACACAGAACAAAGUAUUGUAAUUAAUAUCAACUGUGGAUGGAAGAAUGUAAAAUCACGGAAAACAAAAUAUUAAUAAAAAAAAAUACAAAUGUACAAAAAAUAUUAAA